AUGGCACAAAAGGAAAAGACCCUUGAUGCGUGUGCUUGGGACGAGCUUGUCAAAAACUCCAUGGACAAGGAUUUGUGGGCCAUGGCAGAUUUUUUUCCAGAGAGAACCUGGCCUGCGACGGUGGCGUAUCCCAAAUUGCUAGCGUACGCGCGUUAUGUGAAUGGAUUCUGA